AGAUUUUCAGUUCACAAUAAAAUAAAAAGUGAGUUUGUUGAAUCUUCUUUAUGUACGUAUGUAUUUCUUUUGACAAUAUCAUAAGUUAACUGAAAUUAAUAAUUUAUCAAGUGAUAUGGAUUAUGGUUCAUGAAAGAAAAUAUAAUUCAAAUGGUUAAUUUAGUGUGGAAAUUGUGAUGAAAUUGACAUUGAGGCUACAAAAAUCGAUAAAGGGGUGAUUGAGAAGGGUUCCAAAAUUGAUUCUGCUGCAGGGCGCUUCUAUCUUCGCUACGCCACUGACGUAAGCACUAAGACGACUAUUCCUACCACAAUUGAAGAAUUCAAGGAAUUAUGGAUGAACCACGACCAAUAUACCAUGAGACUUUGAUCAGUGACAUACUUGACCAUGCGGAACUGGAGAGACUUAAGGCAUUCAGUUGUUCCGUUAGAAAGCCCAAGACAGAGGAGAAGCCUUAUCCUUCCCUGAUCGAAGUUAUUCAGAUGGAUAUGAGGUAUGCUGAAAAUAGAGUACUGGCCAAGUUUUUGAUGCGAAACAGAAAAGAACUUUUUUGGAUUGAUCCGAAUACACGACUUUCAGCUGCAGCAUGCAUUAUCAAGCGUGGUAAUCCGUUUCUAAUUGAUUGGUUACUGGUCCAGUUGAAGCAUAACAUAAACUUAGGUUUGGAUUGGUACAAUAACACUGCUCUGCAACACGCUGUUCAGUCGGGAAGAGAGCAGAUAGUUUUGAAGAUACUGAAAAUGGGUGGAGGUCCCAAUAGGAUAAAUAGGUGUAAGCGCUCAGCAGUGCACCGAGCUAUAAUAAUGGAUAGACCUGACAUACUGCGUAUGUUGUUGGAGUAUGGCGGUGACAUAAACAUCAGGGGACCAUAUCAAUGGAGACCCAUUCAUACAGUAUUUUUCUCAAAAUAUAGCGAGUGCCUGGAUCUAAUACUGCGUUACAAGCCGUUGAUGAACGCCUGCGACGGAUGGCACCAAAACGCUUUAUCUCUACACAUAAAUUUCGGAAUAGAAAGAAUAUCAAAUAUUGCAAAAUUGCUCGACAAUGGUAGCGAUAAAAAUUUCACGAAUGUUCAUGGAUACAAUUAUCUUCACAUGAUAGUUUCGAAUACAAAAAAUGAAAAAUACUUUGCAGUAAAAGCUAUGGAACUGUUAUUAGAGCAUGGUAUUGAUAUAAAUGCAAAGACUAUCUAUACUGGUGCAACUCCUUUGCACUUCGCUAUUGAAAGAAACGAAAAGUUGGUAGCUCCUCUGUUGUACUACAAUUCAGAUUUAACAUUGACAAAUAGAACUAACAAAACUCCUCUAGGAUUAGCACUGAUGUAUAGCGAAGAUUCCACUAAGAGCAUAAUUGCUCAUCUUGUACUACAAAAAAUGACGUACGAUUCUUUGACGCUCUCAAGAACUGAUUUAGCGCAACUUAGAAAUAAAUUUAGUGCGGUGCCAUCGAUAUCAGUAGCUUCCUUGGAUAUAUUGAAGGAAUCAACAGUAAUCGAUUUUCCAAAUAUUACAUAUUACGAUAUCUUAACUGAUAAUGAUUAUGAAAAUGCCCGAAAACUUCGAAAUGCAGAUUUCCGCUUUAACGUUCGUAGGACUAGGGGCAUUGAUAUGUUUCCAUAUUAUAGAAAUUACUUGAAUAUGAAAAUUGAUAGUGCAUUCAAACUUUACGAAGCAAAACGUGUAAUUGCAGAUUUCUUAGUUGAAAAUUUCCAUGAGAUUUUGAAUCUUUUCAUAAUUGAAGAUAUAAUUGAUAAUUUCGAUAAAUAUUAUAUAUUUCGACUCCAUAGACAGUUGUUGGCUAAGAUGGCUAAUAUCUAGAACUGAAUAGAUUUGGGUUGAAUACCAAGAGAAUGAUCAUUUUGUCAUAAUUUUAAAAAGAUGUAAAAAUGAAAUAACUCUCUCAUCUAUACAUAUAUUAAUACAAAGAAGAAAGAAACGAGUUUAUUUGAAGCGACAAUUCAAAACUGUUGUGAUAUGGUGAUCUACAUAUGACUGAAGAAAUAAUGUUUAUUUGGUAUCGCCCCUAAGAUGUCUACAAAUGCAUACUUGAAACCUUGAUGAACAAACCAUGGACUAUCUUUUUUUAUCAACCUUUCAUGCGCUGAACUUAUAGUUCACCAUGGUAAUGAAGUUGUAGAUAUGGAACUGGGGUGAUCCAAAUAAUUUUGGGCAGUUAUCCCAUUAACUAGUGCAUCAUAGAUAUAAUUUCGUCAUGGACCACAAUGGGCUUCAAUUGCAUUUGGAUAUAAUACAUGCACGUAGUUUAAAAAAAAUGCAGAUCAAAAUCCUGGAUAAUACAUUAUUUGUAAGUUUUGGUUUUUGUGAAUAUUUAUGUUUCUUUUUUUCUUUGUAUAAAUCAACAUACUAUUGUAUAAGCUGCACUUAUGUCUAACAGAUAAUUACAAUCCAAUUCAAUUCUAACAGAGUCGAUAAAAUAGUUAUUAGGUGAAAUUUUAUACUAUAUACAUAUACAGGGGGACAACGGCUCAGUGGAGAUAGAGGACCUCAAAUUAUGAAUGAGGAGUGGGGGUUAAAAUGUCCCAUGAGGUUAUUGAUUUCAGACAUAUAGGGUGAUUCAUAAAAAAAAUGCUGACGAUAUGAACUCCCAUAUCUUAGUAAAAAUGGCAAAUUUUUCGCUGAUAUUAUACAGGAUUGUUACUAUUCGCAAGAUCAAGUUUUUGUUUGAAUGGCAAAAAUUUUGUAUGAAUUCUAUGUGGAACAAUCAUCCAUCUGGUAUGUUUUCAACAAAGUAUAGUCAAAAUAUUGGAAUAAUUAUCAGGACAUUUUUUUUUGUUCAGGUUCUGAGGGGGGCACAUGAGACCCCCUCUGGUCGGUUAAACUUACUCAACAUGUAUCGAACAGAGUAUCGAACAAUGUAUCGAAUAGAGUAGAAAAACAUUCUCUUUACAUUGAGUAAUAAACCGCUAAGUUUUGCAUAUCAAAAUUUCUUCAAUCUUCUGUUGUUUGCAUUGAAGAAAUUCUUGUUGGAAUAAGAUAAUGUUUUCUUUUUCAAGUUUGGCCGCCUAGAAAAAGGAGAACUCAAAUCACCACCUUAGAACAUAUAUAUAUAGAAAAAUAUAUCCUUUUGAAAUUAAUUUAUUAUUUGUAGAAGACAAUACUUUGUUGGAAUUACACCAGGUUGAUGAUUGUCCCACAUUUUUCAAUUGAGUAGAAUAAACAGGAGUUCUGGGAGUUAUUGAAAUGAGUCGAAAAUAUUGUAUUGAGUUUUAUUUUAUAUAUUAUUUCUAUUAUAUUAUAUAUAUAUUGUUCUGUCGAAAAUAUUUUUUCAUCAAGAGAAAUAUGAAAUUAUUGUAGUGUUCCGCUUUCAACAUGAAAACCAUACAGAAUUUGAGCCAUUCAAACAAAAACCUGAUCUUCACUCAAUAUUUUUCGCUUCUUUCCAAUUCCUAUUUGAUUUUUUUUAUCUCAUAUACCGUGAUAUUUUUCACCUGAACCGUGAAUUGAAAUUUUUCGAUACGGUUCCGCAAUUUUUGUAAUUUUUGUUGUGAGUUGAUGGGGAAUGCGUAUAGUAACAACUUUGUAAAAAAUCAGCGAAAAAUUUGCCAUUUUAACCAGGAUAUGGGAGUUCAUAGUUUCAGCAUUUUUAUGAAUCACCCUAUACAAUAUCUCAGAAACCAAUAUCCUUAUGGAGCAUAUUCUAUCUCCACUGAGCCAUUGUCACCAGUCACCCUAUUUAACCAGUCACCCAUGAUAAUUUAAUAAUAUAAUAAACUUAGGUGAAAAAAAAACGCAAAAAGUUGAUAUUUAGGUUUUUAUGCGCCUAUUGGAGACCAUAGAACUGUUGAAUGUAUUAUAAGCAAUUUAAUUUGUUCUGAUCUCAUCUUUGUCGGUCAUUUUAUAUAGAUGAAGAUUUCUGAUGAUACGAUCUCCUGAAACUCGCCAACUCGGCAUGAAAAUUUGUUGGGUAUUUUGGCAAUGUUCUGCACUGCAAGAUCACCUAUUUUUUUUGUAUAAUUUUCGACACAAAAUUUUGAAACUGCAGUUAUCAAAAAACUGAACAGAGUUA